UGCUGAAAACCACUCGCAGCUUGUGUACUGAGAUAAGGAAGUAGCAAACUCCAAAUGUGCCCAGUUCUGUUCGGGAGGCUUAUUUAUAUAGCUGCUCUGUGCUUUUAGCACGUAGGAAGCUGUGUGCAGCCAGUAGGAUUGCAGGCGUCCCGGCAGUAACCACUGGUUGAAUUUUCAGCCGAGAUUAGUGCGCUGGCAUAUUUGCUGUGACAAAAAGCCCUUUGUGUAAAGGAACAAGUUACUGACGCUGCUGAGAACGUUUUUUAUGGUGGGUCCUUUUGCUGCUCCUGAAGUAGAGUUGGGAGCCCUGACGGCCCCUUUGGCGGCCGGGUGCAGUGCUGGAAGCGGAAGGAGGGGCAGGGUGACGUGGGGGAGGCUGACUGCCUUCGCAGGGCGGGGGAGCACUGUCUGUUGCAGUGCCUGUAGAGAGUUCAGCCUGCUGCCUGAAUGCAUGUAGGAAAUACUUGUUUUGCAGUUAGUAGCACUAGUAGAAGCAGACGUAUUCCGUACUUCAUGCAACAUGGAAGAAGAAAAUGCAGCGCCUGACUGUACUGAGCUUUCAGACCUGGAGAAUACAGCAGAAAGCGAACCUGAUCUUUUUACUACAUUUUCAGUGAAAACACUUUUUGGAUUUACAACUAAAUUUGAAUCUACAGCUUCCAAAGAAGAAACAGUGCUUAAAGCAUUUCAACCUUUGCACACCAAUAUAAAUGCUCUUGCUAACACCUGGCAUGGGAGGAAUGAUAAUGACUGUAAUGACGACUCAGAAAAUCAGCCCGGCAUGAAUAGGACCAGUGGCCAUGCUGACCCAGUGUCUGGUAGGCAUAUGGACCUGAAACUGGAGUUAGCUGACCAAAAUGAAUUACUUCUUCACCGUUUAAGGUUUGUACAGACUUCUUUGUCUGAAUCUGACAAUGAUGACAAGGAUGCUAUUCUUGUACAAGGUACUUUGGUUCAGACAACAAGUGAUACAGAAUCGGACACGGAGAGUAAGGACCUAAACACCAAUGAAAACAAUACAAGCGAAUCUGGGCUAGACAAUGCUGCUUUGUCUGCUGAGACUUUGGACAACAACAAUCAAAAUAAGGAAGAGUCAGAAUCAGAAGAGCACACUAACAGUGAUGACACUGUGGAUACAGAUGACAUUGGCUUACACCCACCGAUUUCUGAGUGGCUCCCAAAAGAGCUGGAUGGUAUUCUGGAGCAUGACUCCAGUGGAAAAGGCAAAAUGUUAAUGGAUGAGCAGUUCAGUCUCUUGCUUGCUACAGGGGAAUGCCUUCAAGAACUUCCAGAUGAAGAACAAAGACCUUCAGCUGAUAAUACAUUGCUCCAAAAACCACCACUGGCUGAAAAGACUUUCCAGCUGCCCGCUUUCUUUAGUGGACUACGUGUGAGGAAAAAGGGACUAACCACAGAGGAUGGGGAAACUGUUACAGAAAUUAAACCAAGGGAGAAUGAUUUAGCUCUGCUUAAAUUACAACAGCCUGUUAAGAAAUCCAGUAUUGUAUCAGGUUUGGCCACUAAAAAAAAAUCAGCUGAAUUUAAAGCAAGUCCUACUUUCCUGGAACAACUCUCACACUUAUUAAACAUAGACGUCUCCAAGAAUGAAGAUAGAACUGAGGACUCUGGUGAGGGAUCUAGGGAGACCAAGGACAGUGAUGAAGCUCAAGAGAACAAAGCCUCCAGCAAAACAGAACCACGAUUUCCCUCUGAGGAAAUAAAAUCAAGCCCUGCUGAAUCUGCACUGGACGUCUUUAAAGCUUUAUUCACACGGCCUCCCAAAAAAGAAACAACUGCAGAUACUUCAGAGCUGGAAGCCAUAAAACGCAAAAUGAGAAAUGAAAAAGAGUCCUUGAAAGCUGUAUUUGAAAGGUCAAAAUCAAAACCUGGGGAUGGACCAUCAGACAAAUCUCCUGACCUGAGUCCCUCAGAGCAAGAUGACAAGACUCCAGGGAGACUCCAGACUGUCUGGCCACCACCAAAAGCAAAGCACGAAGAAGUAAAAGUAGGAUUAAAGUACACAGAAGCAGCUCGCCUAAAGCUUUACAAGGAGGGACCACCAGAGUACCAAGCUGCCAUUUUGCAUUUGAAGAGGGAACACAAAGAAGAAAUUGAAACGUUAAAGUCUCAGUUUGAACUCAGGGUAUUCCAUAUUCGUGGAGAACAUGCUGUAUCAACUGCUCAGCUUGAGGAAACAAUUGCACAUCUGAAGAAUGAACUUGAUAAUAAAUUAAACAGAAGAAGUGAAAAAGCAAAGGAUAUUGGUGUUUCUACUGAAGAUGAUAACCCACCAAAGACAUACCGAAAUGUAUGUAUACAGACUGACAGAGAAACUUUCAUAAAGCCUAGUGAAGAAGAAAACAGAGCUGUGAAAAAUAACCAAAUAGUACCCAAAAAGCUUAAUAUUUCUUCUUUGUCACAUAAUAUUUCUGCCCAAAGUGAAAAUAAGGACAAUUACAAUGUACAGUCUUCAGAAAGUGUCUUAUCUUGUCAACCAAAACAAAUGCUGCCUCCUCCAGCACAACCACCGGUGCCGCCACCACCUCCUCCUCCCCUUCCUGAUUCUUCACUACCAGGUUUAGUUCCUCCACCACCACCUUUGCCAAUGUGUACGACUUCACUGACAUCUCAGUUUGGAUCUGGCCCACCACUGCCACCUCCACCUUCUGAAAGCUGUAGGAAUUUUCAAGCACCACCACCACCUCCACCACCCCCACUUCCAGGGUCAGGACCUCCUGUUCCUCCUCCAUUGCCUGGAUCUGGGUUACCACCACCCCCUCCACCUCCUGAGCCUGGGUUCUUUUUUAAUAGCACUUUAUCUUCAAACCAAGGUCCUCGGAAACCUGCCAUUGAACCUAGCCGUCCCAUGAAGCCUUUGUAUUGGACACGGAUACAACUACAAGAUAGCAGGAAAACUGCUAUGCCAACAUUAUGGGAAUCAUUAGAAGAACCUGAUAUACUUGAUACUACUGAGUUUGAAUAUUUAUUCUCCAAAGACACCACUCAGGAAAAAAGAAAGCCAUUAUCAGAGACUUAUGAAAAAAAAACCAAGGCCAAAAAGAUUAUCAAAUUGUUGGAUGGAAAACGGUCUCAAACUGUAGGAAUUUUAAUAUCCAGUUUGCACCUGGAGAUGAAGGAUAUUCAACAAGCUAUACUAUGUGUUGAUGACUCCAUAGUAGAUCUGGAAACACUGGAAGCACUAUAUGAAAAUAGAGCACAAAAGGAUGAACUGGAGAAAAUCAAGCAGUAUUAUCAGACUUCAAAAGAGGAGGAACUGAAGCUUCUGGAUAAACCAGAACAAUUUUUAUAUGAGUUAUCUCAGAUCCCCAACUUCACAGAACGAGCUCAGUGUAUUAUCUUCCAGUCAGUUUUCUCUGAAGGGAUAACAUCAGUGCACCGAAAAGUUGAUAUCAUAACUCGUGUUUCCAAGGCUUUGCUGAACAUGACAAGUGUGAAGGAAAUUUUAGGUUUGAUUCUGGCUUUUGGAAAUUAUAUGAAUGGCGGGAAUAGGACCCGAGGUCAAGCUGAUGGAUUUGGGUUGGAAAUACUCCCCAAACUAAAGGAUGUCAAAAGCAGAGAUAAUGGUAUUAAUCUUGUGGAUUAUGUCGUCAUAUAUUACCUACGCCAUUGUGAUAAGGAGGCAGGAACAGACAAGAGUAUUUUUCCUUUACCAGAACCACAGGAUUUUUUCCAGGCCUCCCAAGUUAAAUUUGAAGACCUAAUAAAAGACUUAAGGAAACUGAAGAGAGAUCUAGAAGCCACUGAAAAGCAGAUGAAGUUAGUUUGUCGAGAGUCUUCUGAAGAGCAUCUCCAACCCUUCAAGGAGAAACUAGAGGAAUUCUUCCAAAAAGCUAAAGAAGAACGUAAAAAAGAAGAGAGUAGUUUGGAAAAUGCGCAAAAAUGCUUUGAAGAAAUAGUGGGAUACUUUGGGAUAAAGCCAAAGCCUGGUGAGAAGGAGAUCACGCCAAACUACGUUUUCACGGUGUGGUACGAAUUCUGCAGUGACUUCAAGACCAUUUGGAAACGAGAGAGCAAAAGCAUUUCCAAGGAACGAAUUAAAGUGGCUCAGCAGUCAGUAAGCAAGUUAACUGCGGAGAAGAAAGUUGAAACAAAGAAAAUCAAUCCUACAGCUAGCCUGAAAGAAAGACUACGUCAGAAGGAAGCCAAUGUGACAGCAAACUGAAAGACAAAAGAUGAAGAUUAUAGUGGACUUCAUACCUUGCAUGAUGCUUUACUACACCCAUGGCCCAGGGAGCACCUUAUGUUGGAUACUGAAUUCUUCUUUGCUGAUCAGUUCCAAGACAAUCAACUAAAGAGUUUUGAGUUCCUUCAAAGGGGUUUCUACAUUCAGUGGAGGGAAUUCUAAGAAGGUUUUUACAUGGGAAGUAUGAAUUAUUUUCUGUAACACUUCCUUACAUUGCUUUAAACGCAUCUGGUUGCUAAUGGUUAUUUGAAGUACUCUGUGCAUAGUGUGUUAAUAUGGAAGAGCUAAAAAGAGCAUUUUGGAUGCUGAGUUAAGUAAUGACUAACAACCUGUAGGUUAUUUAAAGGGCUUUGUGUAGAUGAGAGAACAUACGCCAUUCAGCUCACAAAAGACUAUUACAUCAUAUAUUUGCUACUUCAGCAGUAACUGAGGUAAACUUGACUGAUGCUAAAUAAUUUCACAGUGUCUAAGUACUGGAUGCAUCUUUCUAAAACUGAUUAAAUGUAAUUAUAGAUUUAUGCUGUAUUUUACUAUGAAUAUUUUUAUAGAAGCUUCAGCU